ACAAUGUCUCAACUUGUCAAACUUCGGGUCAUACUUGAAGAUCAUGACAUUCGUAAACUGGAGUUAGCCCAAGGAGUCCCAGGGACUGUGAAUGAACUUGAGUGUAUUGUGAGAGAGACAUUUGGGAUCAACCAGAGAUUUUCUUUGCAUUACAAAGAUCUUGAUUUUGGAGAGGAAUUUUUUUCUCUCACCUCCACAGGUGACAUCAAGGACAAGGAUACCAUUAAAGUGGUUCACAUUGUUGAUCCUCCAGUAAUUACUCUGAAUUUUACUGAUGUGGGCAGCUCCACUCCAAACUGUUCGGCGUCCUCUAUCCAUGACUCGGAGACUGCUGGCAGUUCUUGGAAUGACACUUCUUCGGUUGCAUCCCAGGAUACACUGAUUCUGUCAUCACCUGAACACACAGCUCAGCGAUCACAGGGUUGGCCUACUGAAUUUCCAGUACCUCGCUUUGCCUAUGACACGGAGCUUGUGCUUGCAUCAGGAAAUGAAACCUUCAAGAAGAAUGGAGUUUUGCUCAACUUUACUGCAGUCCUUCCAGAUAUCUUAGAGAAAUUGGCAGAAUGCAUCUUUCAGUAUGUAGCGUAUCCUUCAAGUGCGCAGUUGUCUUUCGUGGCUGAGGCACUAGUUCAGAAGCAUCCUUGCCUCAGAGAACCAGGAUCAUUUAAUGGAUGCUAUGGGUGGCAACAGAGACUGAAAUAUAAAAUGGGCAAUUACAGAUCCAAACUUCGAGGGCUUGGAUGUCCUGAACUGGAGGUGAACUCUCUGAAAAAGAAGCGACCACACGAGAAGGCACCUGCAAAGAAUAUCAAAAAGGCAAGAAAGGCAGAAGUGAACUACUUACCACCACACCCGCAAGGAGAAACGGAGGAAUGUUUGGAACAAGAACGAGUGGAACUCCUUAAUGAAGUGAAGAAGAGGAAUAACUGUCAGAUCAUCAAUGAGAAAAUGGCGAAGACAUUCUCCAUUCGCAGGCAGGAGGUUGUCAAUGGAGAACCACCCAUCAGGGAAUUCAGGGACCGUUGGCCUGCUCUUUUUGAUGCAAAACAGAUCAAUGAAGAGUUUAAACGGAUCACCACAGUCAACCUUGAGUCAACCUUUAUGGCAAAACUUGAUCAGUACCUCCCAAGAAUAAUGUCUUUGGUAUCUUCGCGGGGAGGAGCUGCAAAAAUGAAGAUCCAAAACAUCAAGAACAUACUGCUUGAGGGUGAUACAGUUGAAAGACGGAGAGAGGUUGCCAUCCGCUGCCUGGUCGUGUAUCUCGGGGAAAAGGAAAAGGAUCUUGUUGAGGAAUACUUGGAUGGCGAAGGGCAGUAUGGAGAUGUCACCAACCAAGUGAUGAAGAUAGUUGUCACCAGAGAGGCUACAGCAUCUGAUCCAGCCAGCGCAACCAUCGUGAUGGAGGGAACAGAGGUCCUGAGGGGCGUGGAUGUAGCAAGAGGCUGUGCCUUGUUGAUGGGUCUGAUAUACGCACUCAAUCUGAGCUACCCAAAAGAACUGAAACACACCUUCGAGGUAUUUCAAAAGAUACUCCUUGAACUGGAUGGCCUGAAAGCCAGCCCUAAAGUCAUGUCGCUUAAAAACAAGCUGCUGUCAUCAAAUGAGUGAACACUGGGCAUCUGGCAAGACUGUACUGUGAAAUGUAUUGACACAGCGGUAAGCAUAUAUGUGAAAUUUCAUUUCAGGUGAACUAUCCCUUUAGUUUGUUGUAUACUGUGUUCCUAAGUGGUUCAGUUUUUCUUCUGAUGUUAACUUCUUGCUGAGGUGAAAUAGCAGUCAUAUGUUCACAGUAUCAUGUCUAAUUGCACAGAUGUAAACAGGCUCUAUGUUCCAGGUAGCACUUAGUGUGUGACAUGUUUUAUAUUGAUGCAAAGCCUGCAUUGUCUCUUGGUAGGUUUCCGCCAUUGUUAAAUUCAAAACAAAUGAUAAACAUGGUUUUAUUUUGGUUGUCAUUUCAACUAUUUAAAAGAAAAAGUUUACA